CGGCUCAGUGGACACGUGGUUUGCGCAUUCCCAGUCUAUGGGGCUGGAGGCAUAGGGAACCCCUGACUGCGUUACUAUAGAAACCUAGUGAGAAGCGUCACUGUGUAACGUCUCCUGUGCCAGGGAUAGGCGGCCAUUCACACCAGAUGGAUCUUCAGCUGCCAUCCAAUGAUCAAGUUAUGGACGCUGGACAAGCCACAUUGUGUGACACCUUCCAGCGAGACUUUCUGUGUUGCAGACGUAUUGGAUCCCUACCAUGGAAGGAACUGGACCAAGAGUUGACCCUAGAGCCACCAUUGGCUCUCUGUAUUCUGAAAAAGACGAUCAAUCAUCCAGUGUGCCGCAAGUACCCACCAUCGCUACAAUACAGACGGCUAUUCUUGUCUGAGCUGAUCAAAAAGCAUGAGCGUACGGGAGCAGAACCUCUGGAUGAUUUAUAUAGUGCAUUGGCUGAAGUCUUAAAUUCAGAAGACCCUGCAGUUUGCUAUAAAAGUUACUGUUUGCCUACAGGGGACCUUGUUACGUUAUCUGAAAAUGUUGCAAUAGUCUCAGAAGGAACAACAGGCCUGGUGACAUGGGAAGCUGCUCUUUUUUUAGCCGAAUGGGCAAUUGAACAUAAUGAUAUCUUCAACAAUCGAAUGAUUCUAGAACUUGGAAGUGGAAUUGGUCUGACUGGACUGGUCAUAUGUAAGAGCUGUUUUCCCAAGAAAUACACAUUCACUGAUUGUCACCAGAAGGUUCUUCAGCAGCUCAAAGACAACAUUCGUCUCAAUGGCUUCAUGCUGGAGGAAGAGCAUUCAGUUACCAGCGAAAACCCAACAACACUUCUGUCAGUAACUGAGCUCGACUGGGAAUCUGUUACAGAACAGCAGCUUCUAAAUCUCGAUGCUGACCUGGUUAUUGCAGCAGAUGUUGUGUACGAUCCAGAAAUUGUGACCACAUUUACAAAACUAUUGAAGCAGCUUUUCCAUUAUACAAAAGCUGGAAAAAAAAUGGAAAUUUUGGUAGCAUCAACUAUUCGUAGCCCAGAAACAUACAGACUAUUCCAGAGAACUUUAGAUGACACUGGGCUAAGGUGGCAAGUGCUUCCGGACCACAAGAGGAAUAUAUUUGCAUAUGAUAGAAACUGUACAGUACAAAUUCUAAAAGUGACUUUACAAGUGUAACUAUUUUACCAGGAGGUUGUACAUGGUGUGCAGUAAAUGUUAAUGAUAAAAGUAAUUUUGUAUAUAA